AUGGGAAUGAGCGAUGGUAUCAGGUCCUGCCGCAUGAUCCCCAUGCACAGAGGAAACCUCAGGAUGAGGAUCUAUGAGAGGGAAAACUUCGGAGGUCAGAUGCACGAGAUGAUGGAUGACUGUGACUCUAUCAUGGAGCGUUACCGCAUGUCUGACUGCCAGUCCUGCAACGUGAUGGACGGCCACUGGCUGAUGUAUGAGCAGCCCCACUUCAGAGGCAGGAUGAUGUACAUGAGGCCGGGAGAGUGCAGGGGCUUCAGAGAGAUGGGUAUGAGUGCCAUGAGGUUCAUGAGCAUGAGGCGUAUCGUGGAUUCUUGUAAUUAAAUGUACCAGUAUCAAAUUACUGUCAAUA